UCAAUGACUGCAAUUUAACUACAUUAGGAUGAUAAUACAUAUGUUGCUAAUAAACAUCAUCUCCAUCAAAAAUAGAUCAUAAUGUGAAAAAAAGACGAUAUUUAUAUAUGCACAGUAUGUUAAUUAGUUUUAAAAAGCAAGUACUGUUUACUAAUUGGUUGGAUAUAUAAAGACAGGCAGCUUGUUUAAAGCCUGUGAAUUACUGAAAGCAUUCGUUUGAUAAUCUGUGCUGUAUUUAUGACUGAUUUAUGUUUGUUUUUGGCAGUUUUGCUCGUCCUUUCUCACAGUGGAGCUCUUCCCACAGGUCUUAAUGCUGAAUGUUCCCACGAGUAAAGACGACAGAGUUGGCGAACAUAACGACAAAAUAACAUGAAUGAUCCAGAAACCUGCAGAAUUAAACCGGAAGAUACCGAAGAACCAAUAGGGCCGUUGCAAUUGAAAAAGGAGAUUGAAGAACUGUCUGAAGCUGAAGAGGAGCAUCAUGUCAAAACUGAAGAAAAAUCAUUAACCCCUUUGAGUCCUAACAAAAUAUGUUUCGCUUGCCCUAUGUGUGAAAAGAGUUUCUCGUGUAGGCAAAAUCUUGAUCUUCACAUUAAAUUUCAUCGCGGAGGGAAGCCUUAUGCAUGCGAGCAGUGCGAUAUGAUUUUCACAAUAAAAGGGAACCUUAAUGAACACGUGAAAAUUCACGCCGCAGAGAAGAAACACAUCUGUGAUCAGUGUGGGAAGAGCUUCCCGCAAAAACGAAACCUCGAUGAACACGAAAAAAUCCACAGCCUGGAGAAACCGUACGCAUGCGAUCGAUGUGGGAAGAGUUUCCCAUUUAAAGGAAACCUCGACGAACACGUGAGGAUCCACACCGGAGAGAGGCCGCACAAAUGUGAUCAGUGCGGGAAGAGCUUCGCACAAAAAGGAAACUUUAACGUACACAUGAAAAUCCAUACUAGAGGGAAACUUCACGCGUGUGAUCAAAGUGGGAAGAGCGUCACACUAAAAGCAUCCUUUAAUGAACGCGUGAGAAUCCACACCGGAGAGAAACCGCACACGUGUGAUCAGUGCGGGAAGAGUUUCACUCAAAAAGGAGCUCUUAACGAACACAUGAAUAUUCACACCGGAGAAAAACCACACAACUGUGAUCAGUGCGGGAAGAGUUACGCACGAAAAGGAGCGCUUAAUGAUCACAUGAAAGUCCACACCGGAGAAAAGCCGUAUACUUGUGAUCAAUGCGGGAAGAGUUUCAUAAAAUCAGGUGUUUAUAAAGUACAUCUGCUUACUCAUUCUAGAGAAAGGCUGUAUAGCUGUGACCAGUGCGGUAAAAAGUUUUUUAGGGCAGAUUUCCUGAAGGACCACCUGAAAGUUCAUACAAAGGAGAAGCCUUUUGUAUGUUAUUUGUGUGGAAAGAGUUUUACCCAAAAGGGUGCAUUAAAACUACACCAGAUAAGACACAGCGGCGUGAAGGAUCAUGCUUGCUCUGAGUGUGGGAAGACUUUUUUUACAGAUAGUGCCCUGAAGGUGCACCAGACAGUUCACUCUACAGAAACACCUUUCAAGUGUUCACACUGUGACAAGAGCUUCAAACGUCCAGAAUAUCUGAAAAUACACGAGAGGAUCCACACCGGAGAGAAACCGUACACGUGUGAUGAGUGCGGGAGGAGCUUUAGAUUAAAAGGAACCCUUAACGAACACAUGCAGACUCACACCGGAGAGAAGCCGCACACGUGCGAUCAGUGUGGGAAGUGUUUUGCACAAAAAGGAAACUUUAUUGUACACAUGAAAAUCCACACUGGAGUGAAGCCAUAUGCAUGUGAUCAAUGUGGGAAAACCUUUGUGCAUAAAGGAAACCUUAACGCACACAUAAAAACCCACACUGGAGUGAAACCGCACACGUGUGAUCAGUGCGGGAAGAGUUUUGCACAAAAAGCACCCCUUAAUGAUCACAUGACAAUCCACGCCGGAGAGAAGCCGCACACUUGUGAUCAGUGCGGGAAGAGUUUCAGAAAAUCAAAAGUACAUACGUGUACUCAUUAUAGAGAAAGACAUUAUAGCUGUGACCAGUGCAGUAAAAAAUAUUUUAGGGCAGAUUCCUUGAAGGACCACCUGAAAGUUCAUACAAAGGAGAAGCCUCACGUGUGUUCUUUGUGUGGAAAGAGUUGUAGUAACGCUGGAUACAUUAAAAUCACACCAGAAAAGACACAGCGGUGUGAAGGAUCACGCUUGCUCUACGUGCGGUACUUGAUCAAAGAGAAUGAGGAGACGGAAGACCCGAAACACCAUCACGUCAAAUCUUUGAUUCGCUCGCAGGCCGAGACGUUUUUUUCCGUAAAAAGAGUAUCCAAGAAAUCUUUCACCUGCCUGCAGUGCGGCAAGAGUUUCAGACAUAAAAGAAACCUUAGUGGACACAUGCAUAUUCACACCGGAGAGAAACAACACACUUGUGAUCAGUGCGGAAAGAGUUUGAGACAUAAAAGAAACCUUAAUGAACACAUGAAGGUCCACACCGGAGAGAAACCGCACACGUGUGACCAGUGCGGGAAGAGUUUCAGGCAUAAAAGAAACCUUAAUGAACACAUGAAAAUCCACACCGGAGAGAAGCCGCACACGUGUGACCAGUGCGGGAAGAGUUUCAGACAUACAGGACACCUUAACGAUCACAUGAAAAUCCACACCGGGGAAAAGCCGCACACGUGCGGUCUCUGUGGGAAGAGUUUCGCGCAUUUGAGUACUUUGAAAUCGCAUCUGAAUUCUCAUUCUGGAGAAAGACAAUAUAUGUGUGAUCAGUGUGGCAAGAACUUUUCUUGGGCGAAUUCCCUGAAGGACCACCUGACGGUUCAUUUAAAGGAGAAACCUCACGUGUGCCCUUUGUGUGGAAAGAGUUUUAGCCAGCUGAGUUAUUUAAGAAAACACCAGCAAAGACACAGCGGCGUGAAGGAUGUUCUUUGAUCGCGGGAGGACCUUCAUUACGGUUGAUGAACUGAAACGGCACUAGAGGAGUGGUCAGGAAACCCGAGAUCAUCGAGAAUCUACAACGGCGAGAGUCGUAUCACUGCCUUCCACGUGGGAAAAGUUUCCCCCUUUAUAAUUAAAGACGAAAAAAAUGGUCUGAAAUCAUUAAAAUCAUGUCUAAGUUUAUCUAAAGAUCCAGCUCGUUUGUUCAAUGAUUUUAUUAGGAUUUUUUUGUAUUAUAUUACAAUAUUAUGGUUUAAAUAUUUAUGAAUCAUUGCUCAUUAUUUCAUGCUUUUAAACAUAUUGGAAGCCAUUAAGUGUUAAACGAGCAGACGCAGAUACUGAAUGGUGCAAACAAACAUUGUAUUAUAAGCUGUUAUACAAAUGAAAGCGUUAUUUCCCAGAAUAAUCACAAGUCUAAGAUUUAAGUUUUGUUGUGAAAAGAUGAAUCGACUCUUUCUCAGAUCUGGGCAGAAUAAUUAAGCGGUUAGUUCACCCUAAAAAGGAAAUUAGCACAUUAUUUACUCACCCUAGGUGUAUAAAACUUCCUUCUUUCAGACGAAACCCAAUCAAGGUUAUAUUAAAAAUUGCCCUGGCUCUUCCAAGCUCUAUUAACGAAAUGGGGGUGUUUAUUGUUAACAGUCCAAAAUAAAUCCAAUAAAGUGCAUUCAUUUAUAAAAAAGUAAA